AUGGCUUAUAGCUUUCUUUUGUCAUCACCAACCUUUUUGAAGGCUAUCUUCUUUACAUUAUGUGCAAUCUUGUGGGUGUUUCCUGAGUUGGCGUUUGCAAAGCAUGCAGGAAUCACUAGGCACUACAAGUUUGAUAUCAAGUUACAAAAAGUGACAAGAUUGUGCCAAACAAAAAGCAUUGUGACUGUCAAUGGACAGUUUCCAGGGCCUCGGAUUAUAGCAAGAGAAGGAGACACGCUCCUAAUCAAGGUUGCCAACCAUGUCCCCAACAAUAUCACCAUUCAUUGGCAUGGAAUUCGGCAACUAAGAAGCGGAUGGGCAGAUGGACCUGCUUAUGUCACGCAAUGCCCGAUUCAAACGGGUCAAACUUAUCUCUACAACUUUACCGUUACUGGGCAACGAGGCACCUUGUUUUGGCACGCUCAUAUCUCAUGGCUCCGAGCAACCGUCUAUGGUCCUAUUGUCAUCCUCCCUAAAAGAAAUGUCCCUUACCCAUUUCCCCAGCCCUUCAAGGAAGUUCCCAUUAUUUUUGGAGAAUGGUGGAAAGCGGACACAGAGAGAGUAAUCAACCAAGCUACGCAAACAGGAUUGGCUCCAAAUGUCUCAGAUGCCUACACCAUGAAUGGCCUCCCAGGACCUCUCUAUAACUGCUCAGCCAAAGAUACAUUCAAACUCAAGGUGAAGCCAGGGAAAACCUAUCUCCUACGUUUAGUCAAUGCUGCACUCAAUAACGAGCUGUUCUUCAGCGUGGCCAAUCACACGUUGACAGUUGUCGAAGUCGACGCGGUCUAUGUGAAGCCUUUCAAAACCCAAACUAUACUCAUUACGCCAGGACAAACCACCAAUGUCCUUCUAAGGACCAAGCCCAAGGCCCCUAACGCCACCUUCGUCAUGGCAGCCAGGCCCUACAUCUCUGGGCCGGCUGCUUUCGACAAUUCGACGACCACGGCCCUGCUCGAAUACGAGAAGGCCUCAAGCCCAAACGACAAGAAGAAGAAGAACAACAACAGGAAUAAGCUCCCACUUGUGAGACCAGUCCUUCCCCAGCUUAACGACACGUCGUUUCCAUUCAAGUACAACCAAAAAAUCCGUAGCUUGGCCAAUGCAAAGUUCCCUGCAAAAGUCCCAAAAGCAGUUGACAGAAAAUUCUUCUUCACCGUUGGGCUGGGAUUGGGGUCAUGCUCAAAAAGACAAGCAUGCCAAGGCCCAAACAAUACCAGGGUGUUGGCGGCCAUUAACAACGUUAGUUUUGUCUUGCCCAACACGGCCCUUUUACAGGCCCAUUUCUUUAACAAGACCAAGGGCGUUUAUACAACAGAUUUCCCCGCCAACCCACCUUUCAAAUUUAAUUACACUGGAAACCCGCCAAGCAAUAUGUUGGUGAACACAGGAACAAAGGUUGUGGUACUUCCCUAUAAGACUAGUGUAGAGUUGGUUUUGCAAGACACAAGCAUUAUAGGGGCAGAGAGUCACCCACUUCACUUGCAUGGUUUCAAUUUCUUUGUGGUGGGAUUGGGUUCUGGAAACUUUGAUCCCAAAAAGGAUCCUUCCAAAUUCAAUCUUCUUGAUCCCGCCGAGAGGAACACAGUCGGAGUACCGUCCGGCGGGUGGGUCGCAAUACGGUUCCUCGCCGACAAUCCAGGGGUGUGGUUCAUGCACUGCCACUUGGAAGUACAUACUAGCUGGGGCUUAAAGAUGGCGUGGGUUGUCUUGGAUGGAAAGCGUCCCCAUCAAAAACUGCCUCCUCCACCGUCCGAUCUUCCCAAAUGUUAA